AUGUGGAAUCGUGGAAUAGCUAACUGCGAGCACUUGCCGGCGUUUGCAAUCAGAGUGGUUCUUCCUGGGAAGUUUUGUACCGACGGGCAGUUUCCGGAGGGAUGGGCCCUCAUGGAUUCUGAAAUGAAGCAGCGCUUAAGUCGAACGUCCAUUUCGUCUGACAUGGAUAUCGAUCGGAUCACGAAGGAAUCGAAAACGACCACAAUCACUGAGGCGAGGGAGACAAUAUAUUUUCGACCUCGUCAGAGUUCCUCGAGAAAAGACGGAACUGCUUGUGUGUUGGACGCAGUGCCGGAAGUGAAAAGGCUUUCGAUCAUGGAUUCGCAAACUGAUGAGAAGAGGAUGCAACCUGAAUUUCCAGUUUCUGAGGUGGAUGGUAGUGGAACAGCGCUAAAGCAGAAGGCGACCGACUCAACUAAUGAAUUGGUGGCAAAUUAUGAAGCUCUCGAGAAGGAACUGAAGGAUAUCAAUGAGACGAACAACGAACUCAGAAAGAAAUUUUUCAAGAACAAGAACGAAACGCCUAUUCUGGGUACUCCUUCAUCAGGACCAGUAGUCUCUUCGCGAAUUCAAGAAUGGAACUGCUCGAGCUCGAAGCCAGUGGGGUCAAUGACACGUGAGAAGAAGAAGCUUUCAUUUAUUACACCUACAUGUGAAUUGAACAACGAAAAAAGCGCUGCAGUUGUCCAGUUAUCGCCGACGCAAGACAAGCAGAAUGAUUGCUCCUUUAACUACAUCGAUAGGAAAUAG